AUGGCACCCUCAAAUCCCCUCGCUAACUGGGACAAGCUCGGGGACAGCUUCUACCGUCGCGUAUCCGUGUAUGACGCCAUCUUCGACGAAGAUGUCGAAUUAGAGAACUACAUCGUCGCCGGCGCCCCUUACGGUGGAGCUAUCGCGCUCUAUCGUGAUGAGAGCAAGCUGGUCAGAUUUCGGGACACCCAGGCAUCCCGCUCCAGCAUUGAUAUCUACUCCUGCUCUGGGAAGCCCAUCAAUCGCAUUCAUGUGCGUAGACUCCUCCCCUUUCAGAUGCACAGGCUGACUAGUGCUAAGUGGGAGCAAUCUUCUAUUCGGGGCAUCGGCUGGUCCGAUAAGGAGGAGUUGUUGGUGGUCACCGAGGACGGCACGGUGCGCCGGUAUUUUGGCUUGGAUGGCGAAUUUACCUCGUUCUCUCUAGGAAAUGGUGCAGAAGAAUACGGCGUGAGAGCAUGCCAGUUCUGGGCAUCCGGUCUUGUGGCAUUACUGUCCAAUAACCAGUUGAUCGCCGUCUCGAAGUACGACGAGCCGCGCCCGAAGCUACUAGCGCCGUGCCCAGAAGGCGAGGUUUCUUCGUGGUCUCUCAUCCCGCCAGCAUAUACGCUGUCACGGUCCGUGGAAGUCUUGCUAGCUGUGGACAAAACCGUCUAUCUGGUCGACUCGACAGAAGCCGAAGACAAAAUCCUGCAGGAUGGGCCGUUCAAACAUGUUAGCGUAUCUCCGUCAGGCCGUUUUGUCGCGCUGUUGACUGGCGAGGCCAAACUGUGGGUGGUCAGCAAUGACUUCCAGAAUAAGUUUAGCGAAUACGACUCGAAAUCCCGGGUCCCUCCGAGCAGCGUCAACUGGUGUGGCGAUGAUGCUGUCAUUCUUGCUUGGGAGGAUGAGAUUCAUCUCGUGGGGCCGAAUGGAAGCGCUUCAAAGUACUACUAUGAUGGCCGCGUCCAUGUAAUCCCUGAAUUUGAUGGAGUCCGGCUCCUCACCAAUGACACAUGCGAAUUCCUACACAAAGUCACUGGUGUCACCGAAGAGAUCUUCCGGCUGGGCUCGUCGUCUCCUGCCUCGGUCCUUCUCGACUCGGUAGAGCAACUAGAGAAGAAAUCACCCAAGGCCGAUGAAAAUAUCCAACGAAUUCGUUCCAGCCUACCCUCAGCAGUGGACACCUGCAUCAAAGCAGCGGGCUAUGAAUUUAACGGCUACUGGCAGAAGCGGCUGCUGAAAGCGGCGUCGUUUGGCAAGUCUGUGCUCGAGCUGUAUAACAGUGACGAUUUUGUCGAGAUGACCGAAAAGCUUCGCGUUCUAACAGCCGCACGAGAUUACAAGGUUGGAUUGCCCAUUUCUUACGAGCAAUACCUGCGACUCACCCCAGAGGGACUCAUUGAGCGGUUGAUCAAUCGUCAUGAGUAUUUACUUGCCAUUCGGGUCUCGGAAUACCUCCAAAUCCCCGCCGACCGAAUCUAUGUUCAUUGGGCGAGCCAGAAAGUCAAGGUUUCCGCUGUGGAUGAUGAAGCCGUAUGCAAACUUAUCGUUCAAAGACUGGACGGAAAGCCGGGGAUCUCCUUUGAGGUCAUUGCACAGGCUGCGUAUGACGAGGGACGGUCUCACUUGGCCACUCAGCUGCUGAACCAUGAACCACGGGCGGGCAAACAGGUGCCUCUGCUACUGAACAUGGAAGAGGACGAUCUGGCACUUGACAAAGCUAUCGAAAGCGGCGAUGAUGACCUGGUCAACUACGUACUGUUACACCUGAAAAGCAAGCUCCCGCUCGCGAGCUUCUUCCGCAUGAUCAACACGCGUCCCAUGGCCUCUGCUUUGGUGGAGACCGCUGCUCGAGACGGAGACAUGGAACUGCUCAAGGAUCUGUUCUAUCAGGAUGACCGACCAAUCGAGGGCUCCAAUGUUCUGCUAUCAGAAGCUUUGCAGGAAACGGACUUGCAACGCAGAACGGAGAAACUCCAUCUCGCAGCUCGACUGUUGUCGGACUCGAAGGAUGCAACGGUGGUGCUGCACCAGAAAUUAAUCUCCGAAGCCUCUCAGCUUCUCAAGUCUCAAGAGAGUUUGGACAAGGACCUGGCAGAUCGGCCCGAGUACCUCGGUCUUAGCCUCAAUGAGACGAUCUACAGACUUAUUCGUGCUGGCUACGGGAAACGAGCCCACAAAGUGCAGGGCGAAUUCAAAAUACCAGAGAAGACGUACUGGUGGUUGAGAUUAAGAGCCCUAGUGGCCAAACGUGACUGGGGCGAGCUGGAGGAUCUCGCCAAGGCCAAAAAGUCCCCGAUCGGGUGGGAGCCCUUCUACAACGAGAUCCUAGGCGCCGGCAACACCAAGCUCGCAUCGAUGUUCGUCCCGAAAUGCACAAACCUGCCCGUCGCCGACCGAAUUGAGAUGUGGGUGAAGUGUGGAAUGAUCGUCAAGGCGGCAGAAGAAGCGCACAAGGCCAAAGAUGUGAAUACGCUGGAGACGCUGCAGACGAGGGCAUCUGGAUCUGCUGUGUCCGAGAUCGAGCGCAUGAUCAACCAACUGAGGCCGAGGAAGUAA